AUGAAUGACCUACUGAAACCACCAGAAGAAAAUUUCACUGCAUUGAUGGAAUUUAUUCUUUUGGGAUUUUCUGAUGUUCCCCAUCUCCGGUGGGUUCUGUUUGGAUUGUUCUUUCUCAUUUAUACUAUGAUUCUCUUUGGGAAUGGCACCAUAUUACUAAUAACGAAAAUAGAUCCUGCUCUCCAGACACCCAUGUAUUUUUUCCUUGGCAAUUUUUCCUUGCUGGAAAUCUGUUAUGUAUCAGUUACCCUUCCCAGAAUGCUCAUUGACCUUGUGACUCAGAGGAGGACCAUCUCCUUCAUUGCCUGUGCUACACAAAUGUGCUGUAUUCUUAUCCUGGGGGCCAUCGAAUGCUUCCUGCUGGCUGUAAUGGCCUAUGACCGCUACGUGGCCAUCUGUAACCCUCUGCAUUAUCCUCUCAUUAUGAACCAUAAGUUGUGUACCCAGCUCUUGAUUGGCUCCUGGCUCAGUGGAAUUCCUUUCCAGGUAGGACAGACAUUACAGAUUUUCUCUCUUCCAUUUUGCAGUUCCAACCAAAUCAACCACUUCUUCUGUGACAUCCCCCCGCUACUCAGCCUGGCCUGUGGGGAUAUCUUUGUAAAUGAGAUGAUGGUCUACAUAGCUGCUGUGUUGCUUGUCCUUGUUCCCUUUCUGUUAAUACUUAUCUCCUAUGGUAAAAUCAUCUCCACAAUCUUGAAAUUACCAUCCACUGCAAGUCAAGCCAAAGCCUUCUCAACCUGUUCAUCUCAUCUUGCAGUUGUGGGGUUAUUUUUUGGAUCAGCUAUUAUUACAUAUUUAAGACCCAGUAAUAGUUACUCAUCAGGAACAGACAAAGUACUUUCCCUCUUCUAUACUAUAGUGACUCCCCUAUUUAACCCCAUGGUAUACAGUUUAAGGAACAAAGAUGUCAUCAUGGCAUUAAGAAAAUUUUUAUGUAAAUAA